AUGAGGUAUGCGGUCAGAAACCCAGCCUUUUGGUGGAUGUCCAAAGCAGUGUCUCCAUCUCAACACACAAGCUAUGUUCGGGCACUCGCUGCCUUUCGAACUCAGCAAUUCAGCUCCACAUCGACAUAUGCGUCCAAGCUCCAUCUGCGGGAUCCUUUCUUGGAGAAUUUGGAGCCCUUGAUUGAGGGCCGAUACUCGGCUCUUCGAGAUACAUACCCCAAGCCAAAGCACCCCAUAGUGCUUGCGCAUGGUCUGUUAGGAUUCGACGAAUUGAGACUGGGCGGGAAAUAUCUUCCGCCAAUACAGUAUUGGCGAGGUAUCAAGAAGGCGUUCUCCCAGCAGGGAAUUGAUGUUAUUACGGUUCCUGUCCUGCCUUUAGGGUCCAUUGAGCAACGAGCCAAAGCGCUUUCGAGUGGGAUUGAAGCUCAGAUCCAGGGCGAGGCAGUGAAUGUUAUUGCCAAGCUUCGCUCUAUGAGGUUCCGCGUUUUAUCACUGACUACGAUUUCAACACCUCAUCGAGCUUGGAGGUCAGCCAUAUGGUCUCUAGAACGCGGCGUCCUCGCACGGCUGAACAUCGAAUCGGGGGCAUUCAUGCAACUCACUCGAAAGUAUAUGCAGGAAGAAUUUAAUCCGAAUAUUCCGGACUGUGACGAUGUGAGGUACUUUUCGUACGGGGCAUCAUUAACCCCUAGUAUUUGGUCUUUGUUUCGCCAGUCACAUCAGAUAAUCGAGCAGGAAGAAGGUCCGAAUGACGGGUUAGUUAGCGUUCGAAGCAGCAAAUGGGGAGGUCAAGGAGGUUAUCAAGGCACCCUCAUGGACGUUAGUCAUUUUGACUUAAUCAACUGGACCAACCGUUUCCAAUGGCCCGUCUCUAACUUAAGCGGGGACAGGAGGAAAUUUAAUGCCCUCGCCCUAUAUCUGGAUAUUGCUGAUAUGCUUACAAAACAAGGCCUAUAA